CACCGCUCGACCUCAGCGCUCAUCAGAGUCAUCACCACACACAGCCGCAAUGUCGUCGAUGCGCAACGCCGUCCAGCGGCGGCCGCACCGCGAGCGCGCCCAGCCCCUCGAGCGGCGGCGCCUCGGCCUCCUCGAGAAGCACAAGGACUACUCGCUCCGCGCACAAGACUACAACAAGAAGCAGAAGCAGCUCAAGUCUCUGCGCCAGAAGGCGGCCGACCGCAACGAGGAUGAGUUCUACUUUGGCAUGAUGUCGCGCAGCGGCCCGGGGGCGCGCAUCAAGAGCGGGCGACGCUGGGACGGCACCGUCGAGGGCGACCGCGGGAACCGCGCCAUGAGUGUCGACGAGGUGCGUCUGCUCAAGACGCAGGACAUUGGCUACGUGCGCACCAUGCGCCAGGUCGUCGCCAAGGAAGUGCGCCGCCUGGAGGAGCAGGUGGUGCUGACGCGGGGACUGGACCGGCUGGAUGACGACGAGGACGAUGAGGAAGAGCACGACGACGACGACGAGAUGCCGAUGCCUGCAAAGCCCAAGGGUCCGCGAAAAAUCAUCUUCGCCGACGACGAGGAGCAGCGGGACAAUGCAAUGGAGGACGCGCUGGAAAAGGCGGAGGACGAGGACGAGGACGACGAGCCGGUGGCCGACGACGAUCACGACGAAGGCGACGACCCCGAGUUUGAGCGCGCCAAGUCGUUGCGUCGGCUGAAGCGACAGCUGGACAACGCGCGCACGAAGCUCAAGGUGCUGACGGACACGGAGGAGAAGCUGGGCAUCCAGCGCUCCAAGAUGGCCAAGACGGCCACGUCGGGCGGCAAGACGAGGAGAGGCAACAAGAUCAUGGUGCGGACACGGAAGCGAUAGACGGCACGGCACAGGAGUCUCGGUUUUUUAUUUUGAUCCUUUGGUAGCAUUUCCCGGCAUGUCAUUAGUAUUUCGAUCCCACGCAUUUGUACAGCAGCUUGAAAACGCCCGCCACGCACUUGAAGGCAACGGUCAGCAGCCACACGACGCACUUGAACAACCCCUUGCCGAGCUUCACGACGGCGCGUAUGGCCAGCGGCAGCUUCGUCCCCCCGCCCUUGAGGCUCUCCUGGCUCUCCACGUCCAUCUCAAACUGCUGCAUCUUGCGCUUCUUGCUGCUCGCCGCCUUGCUGAGCCGGCUGGAGCCGCGCUCGGUGGCGAGCACGGCAGGCGGCGGCGGCGCGGGCGGCGGCUCAAACGUCUCGAUGGGCGCGGGCGAGUUGCGCUCGUCGGCCGACGCGACCAGCAGCAGCGCCGCGACGGCCACGUCGACGACGUAAAACGAUUGGAUCUGCGACGCGACGCCCGUGUCGAGCUCGAUCCACCCGCCUCCCGUGCCGUCGCGCGUCAGCUUGGCCAGGUGCCGCGGCGACUCGGUGUGCUCGAGCGUGUACUCGACGCGCGAGUACGCCGGCGAGCGGUCGACGGCGACGCAGAACGGCUUGGCCAGGGCCUGGUGGACGACGAAGUGCGUGGCCGUGUCCCCGUCCCAGACGAGCCGCGCGCACUCGUUCUCCGCCAUCUCGACGGCCGCCCGGUCGCCGGCCUUGUCGACGGCCAUGCGCGCGGCCGGCGUGGGCAUGAGCAGCGCGACGAGACCGUCGUUGGGCGCGUGCCUCCGCGACUCCUCCUCCAGCGUCGUCGUCAGCGCCUCGUGCCAGUUCUUGGCGCCGCCCGGCGACCCGUCCUUGUGCGGCUUGGCCGGGUCGUGCCGCGAGAGCGUGACGUAGGCCGACGCCGACGUGGGGUCCAGGCGGAGGCUGUAAAAGGGCUGCGCCGACGCCGACGACAGCGUGUACACGGGCGCGUCCUUGGCCUGCGACAGCUUGAGGCAGAAGACGCGCCCCUCGGACGGGGACGCCUUCCACCCGUUGGUCGCCUUCCAGAGACUGCGCAGCUG